UGCCCAGCAAGAUCCCUGAAGCAGCAGAGGUCCCCUUGCCAGAAAGUCCUGUCACAGGCCUGAGGGACGUCGAGGAAAAGCAAGCGGUACCAGCAGCUUCUCCUCGAGCAGGCGGCACCGGCCCCGUUCCUGCGAUGAAUGAGUUUCUGGGCCUCGAACCCUCCUUUGACCACACAUUCCUUCCUCCCAAAGACCCUUUCGCAGAUUCCCCAGGAGCCGCUGUGGCACAGGAGCAGAAAGCAAAGGCCACGGACUCCGCGGGCCCUGCCACGGGCAGCCCUCCUGCGCCGGAGAAGCAGGAGGGGGGCAAGCCUGCACCCGGCCGCCACGAGGAGGAGGAGGGCACCAGCCAGCCCUGCCCACAGGAGCAGCCCCAGCCCAGCAAGCCCCUUCCCAGUCCAGAGGUGGGAGGCAAGAAGGCUUUUCUCAGUCAUCAGGAGGAGGAGGAGGUGGCCGCCGAGCCUGCCCUGCAGAAAGCCGCCGAGAGCAGGCCCCCCCCUUGCCCCCUGCACGGAGAAGCAGGAGAGCCUGCUGCCCGGCCCCAGAGCAGAGGAACAGGCCGUGCCUCCUGCCCCGCAUGCGGAGAAGGUCGCCGAGAGCGCCGCCGCCGCCGCCCAGCACGUGCAGGAGGGGGCCGACGCACCCGCCCCUUCCCCGACAGGCCGAGAAUCUGCGCCACUGCCCACCCAGCACACCAAGGAAGUGGAAGGCGGCCAGCCCGGAGGAUCGUGGGAGGAGGCUGCGUCCUUCUCCUUCCCCAGCCAGCCUGUGGAGCCCCUUCCCGGGCCAAAGAAGCUCGCUGAGAAGGACACGCCGCCUCCCGGUGCACCUACUGGGAAGCCAGAGGAGGCCGAGCAGCUGCCGCUGACUCCGCCUGUGGUGCAUCUCCCCGAACUUGCAGAACCAAGGGGAUCCGUGUCCCCAGGAGAGCCCAGCGCCGGCCUGAAAGAGCCUCCGGCAGAAGAACCCCACCUCACUCCCGUGGACACGUCCCCACCAAAGGAAGUGCCCGAGCCUCCCCCCGUGCAGCCCCUGGCGCCGUCCCAGGAACAGCCCCCCCAGGAACCUGCAGGUGUGCCUCCUGCCCAAGUAAGACAAGCUAAUAAAUCCAGUGACCACCACAGGUUUGGCAGAGCAAAACCUUCCCACGGGACAGUGGCAGACACCCCGGAGGAGCUCCUGGUUGGUUCCCCGGCCCAGGAGAGCCGUGCCCAAGGAGGGGAGGCUUCUGCCGCUGCAGAAGGCGGCUGUGCUUCCGGGACGUCCCCGCGGAGCAGAGCCUCUCACCGGAAGGCAGCCGGCCAGCCGCUGGAGUGUGCAGAGGCUCCCAGGGAUGUUCUGCGAGAGGGGUGGGAGCUCGAGGCUUCGGCGGCGUUGAAGAAGAAGAAGAGGAAGCAGAAGCAGAAGCGGAGCCAGCAGCCGAGGGCUGUGGAGCCUUGGGAGGACAGCUGCGAACGGCCGAGAGCCCCGAAGCCCGAGGUCCCCUUUUCCAAAUCCCCCGAGAGCGCCAAAGAGAUCUCGAGCACCUCCAGAGAAGUCCUGGAGAGGAACACUUGCAAGCAUGAAGGGGAUUUGCGGUUCUCGGAUCCCUUGAGCUCUCCGCCAGUUCCCGCCGGAGUGCCAGCCCAGCCGACCGCAGACCCUCCCAAGCCCACCUUCGAUGCGAAGGCAGGGGAAGCUGGCGGAACAGAAGCUGUGACUGGUGCUGGCUCGACGGUGCUGGCUCCGUGCCGGAGGGAGGAGCCUCCUGAAGGGCAGCUGAAGCACCAUGCCAGGCAGAGCAAGCCAGGCGGCAGCCCCGUCUCGCCGCCCGCGCAGGCCAGUCCUGUGGAACCGGGUCCCUUUGCUGCAGGCAGGCCGUCUCAGAGCCAGUCCCCCUGGACUUUGGGCCCUGAUGCGUCCACUUUGGAGCCCAAACUGGCAGUGGGAGAGGGGGCGCCUGCAGCCGUGGGUGCGGCGACGGCCCCGGAGGGCCCUGCUCCUGCCGGGGAAACCCUGGCAGAGAAGGCAGAGGAGCCCAAGAAGGGGGGCAAAUGCGAGAGGGCCCAGGAGGGAGCUGCCAAACCUCCAGGGGAAGCGAAGGCUGCGGAGGCGGCCAGAGAGAGAGAGCGGCCCACGAAGAGGAAGGACAGGGUCUGCACUGCCUCUGAGCUGCCGCCAGAAGCAAGUCCCCUGCGAGAGCUGUCACCAGGUGAUGCGAAGGAUGGAAAGUCGGCCGCUGCUUCGUCCGAAGUCCCCUUUGUUCCGGAAACCAAGCCAGAUUCCGUACAGCCCCUUGCCCCUGCCAGCACGGGUGGCGGUGCUAAAGAGGCCUUCGCUGGUGCAGACAAGGGAGCUUGCCCCAGUCCUUCCGAACAGCCAGCUGGGCCCAUUCCCAGGCCGGGGAACGACCAGCCUAAAAAGAGGGGCAGUGAUGGGAAAAGCAAGAGGGCUAGAAAUCACCCGGAGCAGCAGCAGCGGCUCCUUUUGGAGGACAAGGACAGUGUGGGCAAGGCUCCUGGUUUGGAGGUGGCCAGGGCACCUGCCGACACCAGUCCGGUGGCCCGAAGCCCUGAGCUGGGCGUCUCCGGCACAGAGGAAGGUAAAGCGGCGCUCAGCUCUGCGGGGCUGGGAGAAAAACCCAAGAAGAGAACCGGCAGUGGGAAGAGCAGAAAGGCGGCAGAGAGGAUCUCGUUCGGGCCGCCGUACUUCCCGGAGGUGGAGAGCAGCAGCGUCCACCUCGCCGCUGAAGCAGGUGGGCUGGGCCAAGCUGGAGCGAUAACGGAGGACGGCCGAGAAGGGGCCAGCGCCUCACCUGCGGGCGGGCUGCCGGAAGCGGCGGCUGCUGCGGCGGAGGCCCACGCUCCGGCCGCGCCAUCCGCGCAGGGGAAGGCCAAGGCAGCGCCGAGCAGGAAGAGCGAGUGGGUGGACUUCCCUCCCUCGGCAUACCCCUUCCUCUUGGAAAUGCCAGGCAGGCAGAUGGCGUGUCCUGCCGCUCUGGAGGCAGCUGCCCAAGCAGAGGGAACCGACAGAGGGAAAGGAUCCGGCCCAGCGGGUUCGGAGGGCCCCCCCACUGUGGAGUCCCCCUCCGUGUUGCCAGCCAGCAAACCCAAGAAGAGGACGAGUGACGGGAGAAGCAAAAGGUCUGGGAGGGGCCCGGCCGAGCAGCCGCCCUCGCUGGACUCCGUGCCCGACUUGAGCAAGCCUUCCAAGAAGGCCGAUGCACCGAAGGAAGCCGGUGCUGCCGGCGCCCCGCUGCUGGAGCAGCCCGAUGACUCUCGCGCCCCACUUCCUGCUGCAAAGCUGGUGGGGAGGACGGAAGAGAAGGAAGGGGAUGGCCUCGGCACAGCUACACCAGGUCGCGGCUUGGAGCAGCCUCCCUCCUCUGGCCUCGACAGUCAGGCUUCCCAGGCGUUGCUGCUGACCCAGCCCCGGGAGGCCCCUCUGCCUUACCAAAGUCAGGAAGCCGGUCAAGGUGCCACAGAUCUCCUGAAAUCGCCCACCCCUCUCCCUGAGCCGGUGCCAGAAGAAGGCAAGAAACGGGGUCCUGAAGGACAGAGCCCCCAGACUCUCGACUGCUUCGAUGCGAAGUCCGAACCCACCGGGCCUGCUCCUGUACAGAAUGAGGCGGCUAGAGCAGAGGAGCCUCCGUCAUCCCGCAGGGGAGGCGAGGAGGAGGGUGUUGGCCAUCCCCUGGGGGAUGCAGAAGCGGCAGUCCGGGCCCCCGUUGUGCCCCUUGACGAAGCGGCUAGAGGAACAGAGAAGGGAAAGAAGGGAAAGGACGGGUCCAGUUUGGAAUGCCCUUUCCUCCUGGGGACCAAGGCAGAGGCAGACGUGGUCCCGGGUGCGGAAAGGGAGGCUCCGCUCAAAGAGCGCGCUCCCCCUCCGAGCCGCAGGGAGGACGGGGGCAGUGGCUCAGACCCUGCGGCUGGGCAGGAUCCGUUGGCCACGCCUGCCAAGAGGGGUAGCGACAGGAAAAGCAGAAAGACGGCAAAAGAAGCGGGCGCAGAGCAGCACCCCGAGUUAGCUGGGUUCGGGCAGGCUGUGGAAGAGCUGGAGUUGGUGGAUGAGAACAGGAACGUUAAAGGCCUCCCCGCUGAGCAUCAGAUGCGCUGGGAGGAGAACCCCAUGAGCUUGUUUGGCUCCUUUGCGCCACCUGGUUCCGGUGUCUGUGAAGAAGCCGCUUCGAAAAGCUGGGGGCUCGGGUGCCCCUUUUUAGAACGACCCGGCAAGUUUGUUGGUGAGCUGAGCAAGGAGCAGGGUUUGCCCACAGAUGUUCUGAGAGGUGCCAGUGAAGGCGAGCAGAAGGAGUGGCGAGAGCUGCAGGCGGAUUUGGGAAAGCUAGAAGGGAGAGAGGCCACGAUAGAGACUUCUCUCUUGGUGAAAGCAGGCGAUGAAACGAGAGAGAAGAGGAAGAAGGGUAAGCGGCCCCCAGCAGAGGGCCUUGCCAGGCAGGACGGAGCAGGAGGGGAUCAGGGGCUCCCGUCUGUGCCGGCAGAAGGUAGCGGAGCCGCUCUCCCAAGCCCAGUGCGAGCAUCUGGGCCUGGUUCGUUGGACGUGCCAGGGGAAGAGGAAUCAAAGAUGGCCGCUGGAAGGGAAAGCGGCGUCCCUGCAGCGCCGUUGUCAUCCGGUUGGAGCAACGAGGAGGAGGCCACAGUGCUCCGGGAUCUGGCAGCCGCCCUCGUUGGCGGCCCCGCGGAGCAAGCGGCCGCAGCGAAAAGCCACCCAGGAGCCGAGCAGAAAGCCGCAGAAUGCCUGGGCAGCUUAGGAGGCAAGGCUGGGGCAGAUGAGGCCCUGGAGGAAGUCCCUGCGGAGGAAGCGGGUUCUGCGAGUAAACCUGAAGCCCUCUCCGAAUGUCCGCAGCUGGAGGAUGUGAGCGAGCCGAAGGCCAGCCCUGCAGUGCAGGCGGCCAGCACAGAGGAAGUAGGGCUGCUGAGGGAGGCGGCUGACCUGGUGGACACCCAGCGCCCGGGCUCCAGAGCCGCGGAAAGUGCCGCUGAAAGUGCCGCGUCGGUUCAGCAAGCUGACCGCGGAGACCAGGUGGCCAGAGAGACCAGGAAAGAGGGGAGAGCCAAGGCCCCUCAGCCAAUGAAAGGCUACAUGAGACCCACCAAGUCAAGAGGCCUUCCUCCUCCUCCUCCUCUGCUGAAGGCUGCUGCUCAAGAGCAAGGCAGGAGAAGGCCCGCCAAGCCCGAUGGCCCGGGCCUGCAAAGGCAAGAGAAAGCAAAACCAGAAGAGGCAAAGCCGGACGCGGAGGUUGAGAGGGUGAACGACGCGGCCGCCCCUCCCAGCAAGGAGCUUCCGCCAAGCCCCGAGAAGAAAGCCAAGCCUUCAGCCGCCACUCCAGCAGCAAAGCCUGCUGCCACGAAAACCAAGCCCAUGCCCGCCGCCCCCGCCGCCACCCCCACCAAGCGGCCGGCUUCUGCCACACCAGGCCAAACUAAAAAAGCCACCAGCCCUACCGCAGGCCCAGCUGCCGCCGCCGCCACCCCCAAACGGCCAGCAACAAGCGCUGCACGACCCGCCACCUUAACUCCGAAGGACGCCAAGCCAAAGGGGACCGAUGUAAAGAGCCCGGAUAAGCGGCCCUCCCCUUCGAAACCACCGUCCGCCGCCACCCCUCGGCCAAAUGCGAAAGGCAGCCCCGCCGCCCCCAAGCCGACGACAGCGCUGACCAGCCUGAGCACGUCGAGCCCUAGGAGCGCCACUGCUUCCCCGCCCAAGAGGCCCUCCACCAUCAAGACAGACGCAAAGCCCACCGAUGCCAAGAAGACCCCUGCGAAAUCGCCAUCAGCUGACCUGACCCGCCCCAAGAGCGCCCCGGCCUCGACCACGACCACGCCGGCCCCCGCCCCCACCGGGACCGCAGCAAGCCGGCCCAAGCCCAAGCCGGCCGGGCCCAGAGCCUCCGGGACGGCGAGCACGGCUGCCGAGCCCAAGAAAGCCUCCACGCUCAAAGCCGCACCGAAGACCAGCCCCGUCCCCAAGCCCCCGCGGCCCCCAACCAGUGCGUCGGCCCCCGACCUCAAAAACGUCCGUUCCAAGAUCGGGUCCACAGAUAACAUCAAGCACCAACCCGGUGGAGGAAAGGCAAAGGUAGAGAGAAAGGCAGAGUCAGCCGGGGCUGCCCGAAAGCCUGAACUCAGUGCAGUAUCUAAAACGGCUACCGCUAAAACCGCUUUUACAAAAGAGGGUGCCCAAAAGCAGCCCAAUGGGAAAGUCCAGAUAGUCUCCAAAAAAGCCAACUACAGCCACGUCCAGUCCAAAUGCGGUUCCAAGGACAAUAUUAAGCAUGUCCCUGGAGGUGGGAAUGUUCCAAAUGCCCCAAAGCCAGCUCCGGGCAGCUGCUCCCAGCCGUCCACGGUCCCCAAGCCCAGCCAGGGCAGUACCAAUGUGCAGAUCCUGAACAAGAAAAUCGACCUCUCCAGAGUGGCUUCCAAGUGUGGCUCCAAAGCGAACAUCAAGCACAAGCCAGGGGGCGGAGACGUCAAGAUCGAAAACCAGAAGCUGAACUUCAAGGAGAAAGCGCAGGCCAAGGUGGGCUCCCUGGACAACGUUGGGCACACGCCAGCGGGCGGCACCGUGAAGACUGAGGGGGGUGAGGAGGCAGCCCCCCAGAACGGCGCUGCGACCGCGCCCCCGCCCCCGCCUGGCAGCGGCGCCCCGCAGGAGAACGGCGUAGGGCCAGCUGCGCCCGCUCUGGGCGGUGGGGACCAAAGGGAAACCCAGUCCUUCGACACUCACAUACCGGAAACAAAUUGAGUCCCACAAGCUGACGUUCCGUGAGAAGGCGAAGGCCCGCACGGAUCACGGAGUGGACACCGUAGUCUGCAACCACCCCCCCGUCUCUUCUGGCGGCCCCCCCCCCCGGCAUAGCACCGCCGUCAGCGAGAGCCCGAGCUCUGCCGCCGCCGCCCCCCCACUGCCGCCGCCCCCCCCCGCAGGCUCCCCCCGCGGAAGAGGUCUCUGCCGCUCCUUCUCCGCAAGGCUUGUGACUCUGCCCCCCGCCCCCCGCUCGCCCCCGCCACCCCACUCGCCGCGCUCGUCUCCCUGGGCCCAGGAAGGGCGGGCUGAGCCCUCGGGGGCACGGGGGCCGCUCGCGUCGGCCUGCGCCAGGGCUCCCGGGCUCUGCGGGGGGGAGCUCGUCGGGCGCAGGGGGCCCUUGCCGGGGCCUGGGCUCGGGGCGGCCGCGGGGCGAGCUGGAGCGCUUCCGCCUCCCCCACGAGGGGGGCUGUUCCUGGAGUGGCCGGCUUGGCCUGCUUGCCCGGGGCCGGGGCCGGGAUCGGGGCCGGGCGGGCGUCCACGGGAGAGGGCGUUGCGGGCCACCCUGCCCACCCCGCCUCCAGCCGCCUCGCCUCCUAUUUAACGCUGGUCUGUAUCCGCUCACUCGCUUCCUCCUGCCCCCCCCUCGUCUCUUCCCCCAUGGUGAUAAGCGUGUUGCUGAUGACUGUUGCUAGAUCGCCGGCCCCCCUCCUCCUCCCCGCCCCCCAUCUCUGCCCCCCCUUGCCAUAGGAGAAUUAAACGCAUUAAUCGCUACUGCAGCGCUGCCGGCUUCGUAUCAACAUAUCCAGCCAUUUUAACUUGUGUUUCUUUUCAUUUUUACUUUUGUGUGGUGGUUCUUUUGUGUGUGUUUAAAAUAUUUUUUGAAAUGAUGGAGCUAAAUUACAGUAAGCCAUGUUGACCUGAAAGUGUAUGAGGCUGCUUUGCGGGACGAAAGGGCGGGCGAGCGGGCAGGCGUGCCCGUCGCUGCGGCCUGCAGAGCCGACGGGCCUCCCCGACCCACUGCCGCCGGGGACGCGCUAGCCUAGGCAAGGUCUGCCUCUCGCACGCACGCACGCACGCGCGCACCCCUCGGCGGCCCUGCGGAGGCGGGUUCCUCACCCGCUCUGCCCGGGGUCUCCUCCUUCACUGCCGUAGCAUCGGGGCGCAGGGUGGGGAUCGCCGGAAUCCACCGGCUCCGGGUUCCCCCCAGGACGUGUCGGUCGCACGAGAGGCUUGGGACGGGAUGUGGUGUUUAGAGGGGAGCCCGCCGGGGCGGAGAAGCUGGCCGGUGGGCUGGAGGCGAAGCUGCCGUCUCCCGGAGAGGGACUUUGGAAAGUGUGCGAGGGUCUGACGAGGCAGGGCUCUUGGCGGGGCUGACUGGAUGCGUAUCAGGUGCCGAGGAGGGCGCUGGAGGGCACGUGCCCCCGUCCCUGCCGGAGAAGCCCCUGGCUGUGUUCUUGAGGGAGGGGGCUGUGAGGAUCGAGGUCUCUGUUUCCUGUUAGAAAUGACACUAAACUGAAAUGUAAAUAAAAGUUUAAACGUUGUGAAGAAUUCUCACUGAAGUCUGAAAAGCCAAACACAGGUGUUGGGGGUCGCCCUGCAGGCAGAUCCCUGCUUGGGGCUGGGACGGCGGAUGGCGGGGGGCGGUGGGGGGGGGCGCCAGAGAGGCGGGGCGUGGAAAGCAGUCGAGGACACGCAGCUCCCCCACCAUCUCCCUGUAGCCAGAAUGCUUCUCCGUGACACAAUAAACCCCCGGUCUGCAUUCACACAAACAAAUUGCACUUGUGGUUGUUUUUUAUAUAUAUUAAAGGUUGCAUGAUUUCUAAUAAAAUGGCUUUUUAAACUGUAACAGGUUUUUUUUCAUCCAUGUGGUCCACUGAACCUUACGAUGGCAUCCUUCUUUUCCUACUGGGCCUUCAGCGUGCGGGUUUUGUACCUAGGAAAAGGAUGCUUCUGUCCUCGCCACGAGCCCUGCCCCCUUCCAUGCCUUUUUUGAGCAGGCCUCCGCGCUGGCACCGCCAUUGCCAACCAGCCGGGUAGCCACUGUUUUUGCAGCAACUGAGCGCACCCCGUGCCCCUUCUUUGCUCACCUUCAGGUCUCGGGAGCCUGCGCUUCACCCUGCGCUGCCCCAGAGCACCCCAGUCGCCCCGCCUGCCCCCUCUUCUGUCCGUUCACCUCCGGUCAUGCAGGAGGCCAUGGGGAUCAACCCUUGCGAUCCGCAAAAGAGCUGCGCCCUGGAGCAGCUCACCCGGGAGGCGAUACCCCAGAUUUGGGGCCGGCAUCCCAGGCGGUGAAUUGAGGACAGGCCUGAGCUGUGCUUGGGGGCCAGCUGGAAUUCUCCUGCCCAAGCCUCAGCGAAACGCCCUCCUCUUCGUGUCCGUGAGCCUCACGCGGGAGAACUCCUUGCCGGGUGGUGGCUGCUGCUCCCCUGGAUUUUGCAGUGGGGACCCCACAUCUGUCCGGCAUCCUGGACCAGAGCGGGACCUGUCGGGAACAACACCGUAGGCCUCCUUUGGAAAGGCCCGGCUGCUGUGGUGCCUCCAGGCCCACGGGGGACACAUUGCCUGUCCCUGAACCCCCACAAGCCCCCAUCCUUGUGUCUGGUCCCUGCUCCGCCAUCUCCCGGGGCGCGGUGGCAGAUGCUCUCGGCACUCACGCCGGACUCUGACGCCCCGGCCGAGGUCGCCCAGCCUGCUGACGGAGCACGCAGAGUCUGGGCUCAGAUGACGGGAAGGUGGGGGGGAAGGCUGGUGCAGCCGUGCCCGUUGAGGGUGGGGGCCUGGCCCGAAGCAACGACGCAAGGCUGCUGCUGGGCACCUGGGCACGCCGCCUCGUGCCCGGCCCUCCCUCGCUCCCGUGGGUCACGUGCGGGGGGAGGCCAACGCCUCCCCCUUCUUUGCGGAAGACGGCCUUGGUGCGCGAGCGAGUCCGAGGCGCCGAGAGCGGGGGGCGGCCUGCAGCCGGGCACUCUCCGCGGUCCCCCCCUUCCCCAGGUUGGCUGCUCUGCCGAGGCACUCGGUUCGGGUCUCGCUGCCGCGGGCUGUGCCAACCGGCGGGCUCCUUUCGUCGUCUCCUACUGGGGACCCCUCGGGAAGUCAGAUUACGUUGCACUUUAUCUCCUGUGACGGCAAAAACCUCCUCUUGUAAGGGUGUUUCUUUGUCCUCCCCCAACGCACAUGAUUUGGGUGCAGCCCCCAAUCCGCGAAAAUGCACAGGUGUCCCCUCUUUUGCACCCAGUUCUGGCUAGACAAGCCUUGGGGUGUGCACCUUUCUGUGCCACACGCUCACUAGUAAGUGUCGUGCCUGUGUUUUUAGCCUUAGAUUAAUAGAGGAUCGCUUUAGCAAAGAGGGAAGCUUUAACUUUGAACAAGAACGUGGAAGAUUUGAAAGUCGCUUGUAAAUGCUGCACUUGUGGAAGAAGGUUCAGAGUCCAGGGCUGGUCGUCUCCUCCCAUCUUGAAAGGGAUGGAAGCAGUUGUGGGGAGGGGAGAAGCGGGUAUUCUAGCAAAAACUUCAUAGGAAGAACAGCUGGCAUGUGUUGUUACGUGCAGUAGACUUUUUCUUGUAAAAGACCAAAAUAUCUGCCAAGCCCAGGUUUGAAAAGUACAUUGAGAUCUUGGCUUUGUUAUGGGUGUUCGGGACUUCCUGCAACUGACGCUGAACGUGUUCACCUGGGAUAGCAAAAGAAGGGAUGGAUUGGAUCUGAACCCGGGCACGAUCGAUCGGGAAGUGCGUUGUACCCACGUUUAUCUGUGUGUAGGCAGCUCAGAGGUACCUCAGUGUCUUGUGCUCUCUCUGGCUAGACCAGUCCGUUUCCUCCCCUGCGCGAGCGAAGUCGCAAAUGUGCUGCGGUUUGUGUCACAGCAGGACUGCCUUUUGUGGUCCAGGCGGAAUGACCUGCAGGGUCGCAGCAUUGACUCCUGGGGCCGAAGCUCUGGGCGCUGCAGCUUGGCCUGGGGCAUUUGGGGCCGAGAUACCUCGUGGCUCGCUCCGGAGUGGGUCGGCGGGCUGCUUGCAGCUCGGUAGGGGUGCGGGACUCUGCCAGUGCUCGGCUUCUUUCCGAUGCUGAUGGUCCAGGAUUUCGGGAGGCCCCUUGGUGUUGGCCACACGGGCUGAGAAACCAGGUUGCCAAGCCGGGGUGGCGGAGGAGGGACGAGCCCAUCUCUGUACCCAGGGUAGCAGUGACUCCAGAGAGCCGGGGGCGCCUUGGGGAGAAAAGCAGGUCCCAACAGGUGGGCAGGUCUGGAGCAUGGCUUCUCCAUCACUGCCCACCUUCCCCUGCAAGGUGUGCUGCUUCCGUUCCAGGUUACACCUUCGGCCUGAGUGGGCAGAGGUGAGGCCCAGAAAUCACCCUGGGUCAGCCUUCCCCCACCAGCACCUUGCAGGGGUGUGGGGCUACCGCUCCCCGCAUUCCUGGUGGGGUAGAUGGGGCUAGUCGACCGGCGGUUUCCUGGGUGAAUGGCUGCCAAAUGGAGGAGACCGUGGCCUGGACCUUGGCUGUCCGCCCCCCCCCCCCCCGCCUUCCACAGGAUGAUCCUGGCAGACAAGCGAGGGGAGAGCAGGUGGGCUCAGCUCUGCAGCUUGGGAGAGACCGGCUCUGCCGCCACCUUGUCCAUGGAGCCGGCUUCUGUUUUCGUUGGUAGAAGGAAAGUGUGUACCGCAUUUUUCAUCCUUCCUCCUCACAUCCCCCCAAAAGUUAGCAAUGCUCCAUGCAGCUUGGGUAUUUUCCUUCAAGCAGAACCACUCAAAAACCUGCGAAACUUUUUUUUCCCCCCAAAGCUCAUCCCAGGAGACAGAAAACUGCAAAACUGGCGCUCUUUAAAUGGGACCUCUGUGAUGUGACGUAACGAUAACCUGUCUUCGGCCCGAGUGCAGUUUUUCAUGGCUUAACUAUGAAUUUUAGGAGCACAGAAUGGCAUGCAGAAGACAGGUUGGAUUAGUCUGGACUGAAUAAUGCUUACAGUUCCCAGACAUGGUAAAUCUGGCUGUGAUCGAGACCUUCCCUUCCCUUCCCUUCCAUUCACAACCAAAGCAGCUAGGAAAACCACACGCCUUUUUGUUUUAGAGCUGGGCUGAGGAAACGGGCCAGGCCAGGCCACCCCUUGGUGUGCUGGCAUCCUGGCAUUGGGCUGCAUCCGGUCCGGUCUUGGCCGCAGUAGGUUCUGGGGCAAGAACUCCUGGGCCACGGUGCAUUUUUGGAGCAGAAAAGGUCCUCAGCUGGCCCCUUCCCGCGUCACUUGCAGCGUUCAGAGGGACAAGGGCGGUCUGCGAGCGAGCGAAUGGCCGGGUCUUGCUGGCGGGGAACGGCGUGUGUGGUCCGGCACAGUCGGAGGGCACCUGUGGGGAAGUUGGGGUACAGCGAUGCGGGCGGCCCACAGAGCGUGUGGGCCUGAAACAUCUGUGGGGUCGGAGCAGUUGAUUUUCCCAUCUCCCCCCUCCCCCCCGCUCAACAGGGGACUGGUUUUCCCUUCCCAAGAAGGCAGCGAGGCCUUACCUGCCACCGUGGCACUUAAAAGCGCUCCUGUGUGUGGAACCGGCGGUGGCGGCUUUGGAUCUCCGUGGGCGUCUCCCCUCCCUCCUCGUGGGAGCCGCACGUGGCUGCGGAGCCGGAGGGGGCGCGAGCCACGCCACGCCACGCCGCUCGGGACGGUGUCGGUGCAGGCGUGUCCAAUUUUGCAAGUGUUUCUGUGUUAGCCUCGUGGGGGCGGUUCCUCUUUCUCCUGGGGCGGGGGGGUGGGCAAGAGAUGCAUGGACAGUGGGAGCUGGGCCACGGGAGGUGGCCGCUUGGUGCGUGGGUGUCACAGCCGCCGGGCUGGUUCUUGUUCGCCUUCGCCUUCCCCUCCUGCUCUUGGACUUGUAUGACUGUCUCCAUUAGCAGCAUUUCCGGAUUUGAUGUUGUGAUUCCUCCUACCUAUUGUAAAGGGUUCAAAUAAAGCUUCUAGAUGUUCGGUCUCGGC